GUGUCGGCUGCUUUGCUACAUGGGUGCGUCCGUGCCGAUGGACGUGCUUGUGACGAAGCCCGAGCACUCGUUGGUUUUCCAAUCGAGGGACGCGUCUUUUCACCCCGGGUGUGCCGACAAGAGGAACAUCCGCGUCAACGGCGAUGGCUUUGGAAUCGCUUGGUACACCCCGAGACGGAUCGAGGAAGGGGGAUGCGUGGUAAAGUUUCCUACCCCGGCCUGGUCCAACACCAACCUUCUCAACAUCGCCAAGUUCGUUGAGUCAGGCCUCGUGUUCGCACAUGUCCGGGCGGCGUCGGAUGGAGCCGUGCUGGUGGGGAACGUCAACCACGAGAACACCCACCCUUUCAAGUACAAACGCUACACAUUCAUGCACAACGGAGGCAUCCCCGGGUUCGCGAGGAUGAAGCGCCAGCUGCUUGCUCAGCUCGGGGACGCGGCCUACCUGGCCGUCGAGGGCAGCACGGAUUCGGAGCUCUGCUUCGCCUAUUUCUUGGAUGAGCUGCCCAACACGGGCGACCAGCUCAGUGCUCAGGAGAUUUCCAAGGUCUUGCGCCGGACGAUCGCUCGUAUUGUAUCGGCGGUUGCGUCGUUAUCCGCUAGCACAUGUCCACCGGCCCCGCCAACAGCCACGACGACAGCACCAUCCACAAGUGGGCAUGAUGGUGGGCCGACGACCUCCCCACCUGAUGCUGCUUCAGCCCGUGGUGGCAGCAGUGCUUCUGCUGCGGCACCGGCCAUGUCCCUGAACUUCUGUGUGACGGACGGGAGGCACAUCGUUUGCUCGCGGUAUCGCAGCCACGCCCGGCAGGAUCCUCCGAGCUUGUUCGUCCUUGCGGGGGCAGGGCUUGCAUGUGACGAGGCGGGGUGCUUGCGGCUGACCGCCCCUGUCAGUCUGCAUCGGAAAGCUCAGCACCAACCAUCCGCGCACGUACGCUCCAGGAGCAUGAAGAUGACGAAGAUCAUGACGCUCUUGCUGCUGCUUCUCGGAGUCCUCAUCCUGGGCUCCGCGCACGGCAGCGACAACGACAACAACAACGACAACAUCAUCAACAACGACGAUGACGACGACAAGACUUUCUCCCACGACCAGGAGCCCGUGGUCGUUAUCGAGCCUUCCGUCCUGCCCGGAAGCAACUAUGGCGACAGCAGCUCCCGGCCGUUCCAGCCGCUGUCGAGCGUCGACGAAGACGCCACCACUACCACCGCCGCCUCCACCCACGACCGUUUUGAGCACGUUGGCUGCCUGAAGUUGGCGGAGGAAGAGAUGGUCUCCCUCGGGAGGAUCGAGACCAAGGCCGAAGCUGACAUCAUCCCGGGGGUGUUCGGCAGGGAUGACAUGACCCCGCAGCAAUGUGCUGCGAUUUGCGAGGGCGUCGGGCAAGAUGGCUUCGCGGUCACCCGAGGCAACCUGUGCACCUGCUUUGCGGAAGCAGACGCGGGGAUCUUUGACGGCAGCAAGGGUGGUGUGUGCGAUGCCCCCUGCACCGGCGACAGCUCGCAGCCAUGCGGCGGAGUUGGCUCGUUCGACGUGUACCGGCUGAGCCUCACAGGAGGCCACGACCGGAACCAGCUCCCUCGCCACGCCACCGUCACGGUCGAAAGCACCGGAUUGCCCGUGAACGACGAAACCACCACCACUGCCGACUUCACCGCCGGCGACGCAAAGACCAACAACAAUAUUCGCCAGGGGACAGUGAAAGUCAAGACCUUCGUCAGCUGGUGGAGGCCACGCCAGCUCACCCUGGUCGACGCUUCAACCCUGAAGCUGUGCAAGAUGGCCCGCGGAGGAGGGGUCAAGUCCUGCCAGGACAUGCCCUUGGAUAGUUCAACCGAGGUGGUGCGAGUCGAGAGUAAGCACGGGAGGCCCAGGAAGGACGGACGCUUCGUGUUCCGUGUUUCGACAGGAAUCCCUAGAGGCCUGACGAACAAACGGUGGGAGCUCGAUGCGGGAAGCUCCGCAGAUUUAGACACGUUGAUGUCAGUCCUAGAGGGUGUAACAACGCCCGAUUUCGAGAAGGAGGCAGAUGUUUUCGCGGACACUCCGCGGGCGGGUGACUUAGGGGACUCGUUCAAGUUCUCCAUGGAGCUCGGGCCAUUCACGUUCGCCCCCACGCCCGCCUUCCGUGGCGACAGCAUUUCUAUCGAUGACUACCCGCUCAUCCCUGGCCAGUUCCUCUCGACGGCACCGGUCGUAAACUCCGCCAACCUGGAGGUGACGGAGGUCGGGGACCUGAUUUUGCGGCAGGGCGACAUCCCGGCGUACCCGACUAACGACACACCGCUGUGGGCCCACCGUGUUACGGGGUCGGUCGGGUACACCGCCAACGGGGGGCUAGGGUGUGCUGUGGAGGCGUGGUGGGAGAGGGCCACCAACGGCGGAGAAGACAUGGGCAUCCCCGUCCACUUGGCCGUGAAGAACGGCAGAUGGAGGGUCGGCAGGGGUUGGAUGUGCACCCUGGGACGAAGCCCCAGGGUGGCGGGAGGGUGGAGGGUGCACCUGCCGUGGGACUCCCACGGGAAGGCCCUGAAGGCAGCGUCGCUUCAGGUCCGCGACGGCAGCGUGGUGAUGGCCACGGAAGACGGCCACAUCCUGUGGAGCUCUUCGCCCUCGCCAUAA